AAGGGUGGAAAGAAAGAAAAAAGGCGGGCGGGAGGCGGCAUGGAGAGCUGACAGAAGGCAGUGCCGCGUCUGGAAUUAGGAAGUGAGAUAAAAGAAGAAAGACGAGGCAGACGGGGAGAGAGGAGCUCGUUCCACGUCUGCCUCGUCUUUGUGGGGAGGACAACAGCAACUGCACAAAUUCCCAACUGGAUUUCAUGCCGGAUCAUCUCUGAGGACCACAGCUGGGGUUUAUCCAGCUCAGCAGCUGGAGUUGGUCAAACUGUAGCUGCCUCCACCUCUAGCCCCCACCAUGAAUGAGGGCAGAGAGGCAGGCGGACCUCCGGGGGGAAACGACCCUCCGCUGGCUCCCAAUGUCAAGCCCAAGCCCAACCAGAAUGUAAAGAACACCAAAGAGGAACACAGGAGUAAGAAAAAGACGGUAAAAGUGAAGAGAUCGAGGAGUACGGACUCCCAGAGGGGGGAGAGAGGGAGGAGGAGGGAGCGGGAAAGGGAGAGGGGGUCGCGUGGAAGAAGUGAAGACACCCAGAGACGAGAGAGGAGGAGGAAGCCCCCAGAGAAUGAUGUGGAGGACACCGAGUGCAGCAUCUGCUUCUGUUCCUACGAUAAUAUCUUCAAAACCCCCAAGGUGCUGGCUUGUGGCCACACCUUCUGCCUGGAGUGCCUCGCUCGCAUCAACGUGACCUCCGCCGAGCUCAAGAACCUGCCCUGUCCCGUGUGCCGGGAAGUGACCGAGCUGCGGCACGGCCGGGACUUGCCCCGCCUGGACAACAACCAGGAGAUCAUCCAGAAGCUGCCCUCGCAGAUGCAGAGGGCGCGCUCUAUCCGUUUCCAGCGCAGCAAGGGAAAGCUGAUGCUGAAGCACCCCUCCUCCAGCAAGCCCAAGGCCCUCUCCAUCCCCACCAAGAAUCCCAAACCCCCCACCACCAGCAACGGGCUGAGUGAGGCGGAGCAAGGAGCGGCGCCAUCCGGGGUGCUGAACGUGGGCAGACCCCCCAACAGGACGGCGGUUCGCCUGCGCAGGGUGUUCCGCUCAGACCAGUGCUUCUACGCCGUGGUGGCCGUCAUCAUCACCAUCACAGUGGUGAUCGUGCUGGUGAUCAUCCUGGCCUUUAUUUUGUCCUCCAAUACCGCCCGUGGCCCACCCCCGACACCGGGGAACCAGUCCAUCUCACAUGAAGACCACCCUUAAAACAGCGGCUGAAACCAGGGUCCCCACACAGAAGAGGAGCAAUGAAGGAACGCUGUUAGAAACUCAACGACUCAGUGUGACGGGAAAAUAUGAAAACAAGGUGCAAUCUGAAGAAAUGAAGGAAAACGAGGACAGCAGCAUUUUUGUGGAUGAACAAACAGGAAAAGACUGUUUUUAUUCCAGCAUCACUGAAAAGGACAACUGAAGAUUAACAAGCUCAAAGUGCACAUAACUCAGGGACAAAACGUUUGAGGAUCACAUCAGAUGGAUCCAAACUCAGGGUUUCCUUCUAAAUGUUUAUAUCUUAUACUUCUUCUCCAUAUAUGUUUGUAAAUAACUAAGUAUUAUAGUGUAUAUCCCAUCAAAUUUACCAAAUAAAGCCAUUUUUAUGACAAAAA